ACACGCCCAUAAUGGGGACAGACCCAAGUAUUUCAGCCCUGUCCCCCCAGUCAGACCCAACGGUAAAUAUAUACAGUGCUGUUGCAAUGCUGUGUUCUCUUAAAAGCCCUCCAUCCACUACUUUAAUGAUAAAUGGCCACCGUGUCACCUUUUUGUGUGACACAGGGGCAUCGACCUCAGUAAUAAAAGAUGUAGACCUAGGUUUAGAGCUCUCACACAAUGCAAUUUGGGUAUUGUCAGCAGAUGGACAAGCACAUAGGAAACCUUUGUCUAUUCCAACUAAAAUGACACAUUGUGACACAGGGAGGACUGUUACUGCCUCGGUCAUAAUGUCUCCUGAAUGCCCCAUCAAUCUUGUGGGUCGGGACCUGCUGCAGUCUCUGAACUUGGGUGUUGUUCCAACCCCCUCAGGUAUGAUAGUCAUACCACACUUGGAUGGUGUCUUUUUAACACAGACACACCCCUCCAUAUAUGCCUCGUUAGACAUUGACCCAUGGCAGCAGACUCCCACUACAGUGACAACUGAUUUGUUGAUGAUGGCAAAUAACACCUUGGCCAACCCACAGGAUGAAAUCCCCUGGACUGGUCAACAUGUAACAAUAGCAUUGCUAAGCUUAUGGUUCCACAUGCGGUUGACAUCCUUCUCUUGCAAAGCCGUCUCACCUCACUGUCACCAGCAAGACAAAUCACAUACACAGCUCUUUUGUUAU